UGAUAAGAAAACAACAGCAUUAGUUGAAGCGCGAUUGAAUAUUUUCUAAUUUUUUGAUUUCUUUCCUAAAACCAACCAAUUUUCUAACAUGAACGAUGAACGAACCAGUUCAAUACGAAUUUGUCAGGAUGGCCACGCGAAUGCACUCGCAUUGAACAGGGAAUGCACUCAGAUUGCUGUUGCUGGACGAAGUCUUUUGAAGGUCUUUUCGAUCGAAAACGAUGGCUUCACAGAAGUUUGCAAUAUGCGGGGCGGAAAGAAUCAAAACCUAAGCUACUCCUCUAACGAUGUCGCCUGGAGUGCCCUGGAUUCUAAUAUUCUGGCUACUGCUGCCACAAAUGGUGUCGUAUCCGUCUGGGAUUUAUCGAAGUUUGGGCGCCAAAAGCAAUUGCUUGUUUACAACGAACACGAAAGAACCGCCCACUCGGUGGCAUUCCAUGGUGCCGAAGCAAAUCUGUUGAUAUCGGGCUCACAAGAUGGAACUAUCAAGUGUUUCGAUCUGCGGACUGACAAAACUGCUGUGAAUACUUAUUUCAGCAAUUCGGAAAGUGUCAGAGAUGUAAAAUUCAAUCCACACUCUCCCAACACCUUCGCGGCAGUUUCGGAAAACGGGACCGUUCAGCUGUGGGACAUUCGGAAGAACGAUCGUUGCACGACACAAUUUACUGCCCACAGUGGUCCGAUUUAUACGUGUGAUUGGCAUCCUCAGCAACAUUGGCUUGCCACUGGUAGCAGGGAUAAACAGAUUAAGAUAUGGAAUACAAAUCCCAAAAACUCAUCCCUGGAGAAUCCAAAGAAUGUUUCACUGGAAUAUAGUAUCCACACGAUUGCAGUAGUUGGUCGCGUUCGCUGGCGACCAGAUAAGAUGUAUCACAUUGCAAGUUGUGCUCUGGUUGUAGACUACAGUAUUUACAUUUGGGACGUUAGACGCCCUUUCAUUCCGUACGCUUCGUUCAAUGAGCAUUCUAACGUAACCACUGGAAUCGCCUUCAAGGGAAACGAUUCGCAUAUCCUGCUUUCCACGAGCAAGGAUUCGACUAUUUUCAAACAUGUGUUCAAGGAUGCGGCAAGACCCGCAUUGAAAGCAAAUCCUCAAGGGGCUAGCUUUAAUUUCAAGGGGGAUCUGUUAUACGCGUACAAACUGAAGAUGCUUGGUCCUCCUACACCACCACUAGUUCAAAAAACAAGCUUGCUCGGCGGGAAACAACGAACUCCUCCAUCCACUGAUCAGUUCCAUCUAGCGAAAUCGACUCUAUAUCACUUUUUGACAAAAUCAUCCUCGCAAAAUUCCAAAGAUGUUACUAAGACAUCUCUACUCAAGGAUUACCACGCUCUAAAGGGCUGCGCAAAAGAAUACAUUCUGAUAAAUGCUCCGUUAUCGGAAAUAUGCGCCCACAAUGCAUCGAUUGCGAAGAAAUAUGGCAAGACAAACGUGAGCUUUUUGUGGAAUUUCAUCAGUCAACUAUAUGCAUACAGUUCGAUGGCCAAUCUUAAAAUAGAACCACGCGUUUCCAGUGCAAGCCAAAGUCACGUCAAUCGUCUCAUGGCUCAGAAUUCUAAUCAAUCCAGUGCGGGCAGAGGAGAUGAUCAAGCCAGUAGUAAUCCUAAUUUAGGUAACUCUAAUCAAUUAGCUCACAACAACGAAGAGAUUAUAGAUUUUUCGAGCACAAAGCAAGAUUUGAAUACGCUGCUGUCGGGUAAAGGCCAGCUUCUGUCGGUAGAUUUUGAACCCGACUGUUGUGAAUUUGUGUUCGGCGAAACGGAGCUUACGUUUGACAACGUGAAUUGUAUUAGGGAAUUUCGAGAUGGAUUUCUAUACACAGGUCCUAAUGAUCUUAUUAAAGAUUACACUUUCCCCUCUUCCAAUCUGAUGAAUGCCCAUGAUCUACAUCAGGCACGCCCAAGGAAAGAGCUUCGACCGGAAAAUGCCCCAGAGAACUCACCGCCACCGAUUCCACCGUUGUUCAUAAAAAUCUCCGACAGUAAUGCUCUCAAUCCACUCCUCUGGGAGCCUCAUCAGGUGCUCGCGGACUGUUUAUCCCUCCAAACGGAGACCGGCGAUGUUCAGACCUCGACGUGCAUUCUCGUGGCGCUCGGUGACCGUCGGCACAGUCUACAAAUCGACGAAACAGUGCAAGAAAACUGGUUACUCUCGUACAUUGAGCUGCUCCACCGCCAUCAACUGUGGAACGAAGCCACCAACAUUAUCAACCUCAGCUGGAUCCGUUCGGUGUCGGAGAUGAACCAGCAGUCGACCACGAUGCACACGAACUGUGGCGACUGUGGACGACCACUGCUCAACGCAGUCGGAUGGUAUUGUUCCAAAUGUCGCUCGGCACAGUGUUCCAAGUGUAGUGUCUGCAAUGGAGUCGUUCGGGGUCUGUAUGCGUGGUGCCAGGGAUGUUCUCAUGGGGGCCACUUGGAACAUUUGAAGCACUGGUUCGGCAAUAAUCCUAAGUGUCCCAAGUGUGGUCAUUUGUGUGAGUACGAAUAAUGCGGGUUUUCAUUUUGGUUUAUCGUGGUUGGUCUUCAAAGGGUGUGAUUUUAAUAAAAUAUAGUUUGA